AUGAAUGCAAACGAGGACGGGUCCUGGUCAGAGCGCAACCCUCCCCUCAGUGGAUUCUAUGCCUACAAAAACACCUUCAAUGACAAAACCGUGUGGGUGGAUAUUCCGAAGCAACUCACUUUCUACAAUACAUCCAACCCUUACACAGACCCUGGGACGCCGGACCUGGAAGCAAUGAUGUCUACACAAAUUCAACCGCCAUAUGCUCAGCAACAACAGGAUCAAUGGAACAUUGACCAUCGAUUACAAGAUCAGGCUGCCCAACUCCAUCCCCACGGUCUUGAGGCCCUGUCCGCCGCUGCGUUGUAUGCUCCUCCCGAAGCAAAUAUGAUACCUUAUCCGAUAUCGAUGAACAGACGCAAUUUCGACAGUCCUUUCGGGUCGAACUCUCCUAAUGACGAACACGGCCCUCCCGCUAUCCCUUCCCCAAACACUGUUUCCUCAAGCAACAAACUCAACUUCCUUUUGAAUCCUCCAGAUGCCCUGGAUUCGCCAAUAGAUCCUAGUUUGAUGGCGACUCCAGCCAUUACAGGUCCUCCACCUUCAAACGGAACAGCUACGGAGAACGCACAGAAACCACGAGCAGAAGGCGAGGCUGAAUCGGAGCAUAAGGUCGCCUACCUACUCAGGCAUUUCUCCGAGUCACCGGUCAUACAUGAGCGCCGGACCCGCCUUGACACCGGUGAUCUCGACCUUUGGAGAGAAGCUGGCCUGUCCAUUGACGAGAAUAAUCUUAUCCUAUCUCCUGGCAUCUGGCUCGUUUUGGGCCCUUUGCCGAGCGAACGAGCCCGAGGGUCGCCAGGGCAUGGGACAAUUACUAGCAGCAGAGUGGAAAGCGGCAUGCCUGAAGCGAAAAGCACUAUAAAAGAAGACAUGAUAUCCAACGCCCUGGUUUGGCUCUCGUUCCAACUUUGUAACUUUAUCGCCCCAAGAGAGGGAUUCGCCCCAAUUCCAGCCGGAGAUCGGUCCGAACAACUUCAGAAAGACGAGGUGGGAGAGUAUGAGAAGUCGCAGAAAUCACUGCUUGAAAAGUGGAAGGGCUUUGCACGUGAAUUUGAAGUGUGGUUCGAGGGUCUUCCGGCAACGUUCCAGCCAGCGACGUGA